AUGCCCUGGGAUCUGGCGCACGGCUCUGGGCGGCGGAAUCGAGGCUUUCUCGGCUUCGACAGCUCUGCCUUGUCGGCCCAGGACAAAGAGGAUCGCCAUCAGUUGCGCUACGAGCUGGACCUAAACUCUUGGAACUUCCGUAUUUGGGGCGUUGCCGCCUCGGGCUUCCUUACCGAUUCAUACAAUCUAUUCUCUACCAACGUCAUCCUCGCUUCAGUUGCCUUUGUAUACUGGCCGCAUGGAGGGGAAUGGACUAGUCUCCUCAUCAACUUCUUCACUCUUUUCGGAUCUAUCGUUGGGCAAGUCCUCUUUGGUUACCUUGCCGAUCGUUUUGGUCGCACUCGCCUCUAUGGCAUCGAACUGGUGCUUGUCAUUGUAUCAACCAUUGGAGUAGCUACCAGCAGCCAUGGCUAUGGAGACAUAUCGUUUCUCGGUCUUUUCAUCUGGUGGCGGUUCGUCAUGGGCAUCGGUAUUGGAGCCGAAUAUCCAUUAAGUGCCGUGAUUACUUCCGAGUGGUCCAGCACUCAAUCUAGAUCACGCAUGCUCGCCAGUGUCUUCCUCAUGCAGCCCGUUGGGCAAGCACUAGCCCAGAUAAUCGGCUUAUUGGUGCUCUUGGGGUUCAACCACACCCACAAGCUCAAAGAGAUGCAAUGCGGACUCAAUACUGCAAAUGAAGAGGCAUGCCGAAAAGCAGUUGACGGUAUAUGGCGUAUUGUCAUCGGUUCAGGCGCAGUGCCGGCUCUGCUGGCCAUCAUCUUCCGAUUCUUCUUGUUUGACUGCGGGCUGUACAGUCUUGAGGUCAAGAACAAGCCUGCUGUUGCCAUUAUGAAUACGCAGCGUGUCUAUGGUGCCCCUUCGGGCAACACUUCCAAUAAUAUGCAAAUGAAUCCUCCCAACGGCAUGCAUCCAGAGAACUCUUCUGGACCGAUGCCGAUCCAGUUUUCAAGGGAAGAUUUGUAUAACUACUUUAUACGAGAUGGAAACUGGUAUUAUCUGCUGGGAACAUCGGCAGCAUGGUUCUUUUUGGACGUUAGUUUCUACGGUCUCUCGCUCGAUAACAGAGGAACACUGGCCGAUAUGUGGGCUACACAUAAAGCAACGCCCAUCAACAGCCAACUCUCAUGUUGGAACUCGUCGCUGCCCAACGGCAACUCAACAGUACCACAUUGGGCGCAAGUGGGACUCCCAGCAUGGCAGACAGACCCAACUCAACCGUGUAAUACAAUCUACGACGUGCUAAUACAGCAGACAAAGCAAUAUAUCCUUACAGUUUCCUUGGCGUCUAUUGCUGGGAGCGCUUGCUUUAUCUUUUUCGCAAACCGCAUCCCGCGCAAGAAAUGGCUCACCGUUUCUUUCUUUGUUUUAGCCAUCCUCUUUAUCAUCACCGGAGGUGUUUAUUACGGAGUCCACCAGGAGGCGGCUGCACCUGCAACAGUAGUGUUUGUGGCCAUUUGCCAUUUCAUGUUCAAUAUGGGCGCAAACACACUGACAUUCAUCAUACCAGCUGAGAUAUUCCCCACGUGCUACCGAUCAACUUGCCACGGCAUCUCUGCAGCGGCAGGCAAAUUCGGGAGUAUUGUCUCUCUGCUAAUUGUAUACGGCAUCAACCAGUCGUAUAAGAGUGAAAGUCGACAGGGGCUCAUAUUUCUCCUCUUUGGCUCGGUUGCCGCAUUUGGAGCUGUAUUUUCUUGGGCCUACCUCCCUGAUCCACAGAAAUACGUCGAUGACGGUGACGGGAAGAGAUACCUCGAGACUAAAGAUCUCGAGGAGCUGGGCGAGGGCCGCGUCAGGGCUCGGUUGAGCGGAGAUGUUGUGACAUUUGGGGAGAAGUGGGCAGAUAUUAGGAGAAGAAGAAGAGAUCCUGGUACGUCCCAACUUCGGAGCCCUACUUCCGAAUAG